AAUGUUUACAAAUUCAAGUCGUGCUUGUUUUUAGCUUCAAAUCAACGACUAAAGGCUAAAGUUGUUUUGCUCUUUGCUCCAAAUCGCGUGGUUUUUUUGUUUUCGUGUUAAUUCUUUUAGUUUAAUUAAUUGAUAGUUUUAUUGUGUCAGUUAAUUGUUAAAUUGUGCUAUGAAAGUUGCUGUGGUUGGAUGUAUCCAUGGAGAAUUGGAUACCAUUUAUCAACAACUUGCUGAUUUAGAGGCUCAUAAUGGGUAUAAAAUCGAUUUACUUUUAAUUUGUGGAGAUUUUCAAUCAAUUAGAAAUGAAAAUGAUUUUAAAUGUAUUUCCAUUCCGGUCAAAUUUCGUCAACUUGGUACAUUUCAUCAAUACUAUAAGGGAGAAAAGACUGCUCCUGUUUUAACUAUCUUCAUUGGUGGCAAUCAUGAAGCAUCGAAUUAUUUGAUAACAUUGCCCUAUGGUGGUUGGGUUGCCCCUAACAUCUAUUAUAUGGGUUAUUCUAAUGUAGUAAGAUACAAAGGAUUAAGAAUUGGUGGUAUUUCUGGGAUUUAUAAUAAAUAUCACCGAAAUUAUGGUCAUUUUGAAAGAUUGCCAAUGACAGAAGACACUAAAAGAAGUGCUUAUCAUACCAGACACCUUGAAGCGUAUAGAUUUAUGAGUGUUCAAGAGCCAUUAGACAUUUUUAUGUCUCACGACUGGCCAAGCAACGUUGUCCAUUAUGGUAAUUUAGACCAACUUUUAAGAUGGAAACCUUUCUUCGCUCAAGAUAUUCAAAGGGGAUCAUUAGGAAGUCCUAUGCUUGAUUCAUUAUUUAGUCACUUGAAACCUUCACGUUGGUUUGCAGCUCAUCUCCAUGUCCGUUUUGAAGCAUAUGUUCGUCAUGAUCCUGAAAGAGAAACCAGAUUCCUAGCCUUAGACAAGCCUUUGCCCAGGAGAAAAUAUCUAGAAAUUCUUGAUCUUAAUCCCACUAAUAAUUCGGAAAAUAAUACCGAAGAUGAUGACGGCGCUGUUGACAAUGACGAUAAUCUUUAUUAUGAUAAAGAAUGGCUCGCAGCAUUGAGGGUAACCGAUGAGUAUCUUUCAAUUGAAGAAAAGCCCGAAAAGCAGGUUCCUGAAUUGUGGGUUUCUCCAAGAUUAUCUCUGCAAGAUGAAUUGGUAAAAGUCGAAGAGAUUUUCAAGGGUGACUAUAAAAUUGACAAAAAUUUUUCACCAGUAGAACCAGUCACCUUGAAUGGCGACUCUGAUCCCGACAGGAUUCGUAAUUUCACAAAUCCACAAACUGUAGCAUUUUGUGAAAAGCUUGGUAUUCGAGAUCCUAUGACAUUAAUUGUGAGUUUGUACAAUAAACCACAUAAUCCGGCAGAAAUUUCCCUUUCUGAUGAAGAUGAUGAAGAACAAGAAGUCGAUGAUUGUCAAUCUAAUGGUGUUUUUGUGAUCGACCGAAAGCGAGAUAAAACACUUGUUAUGGAACAAAAUACCUGCAAUACAACAGAAAAAUUGAAACAAGACAACAGAGAGGAUAUUGAAACAAACUCAGUGAAGAAGCUAAAGACGGACGAUGUCAAUUGUUAACAAUUAAAAUUGGCUUUUUCAUGACUUUUCAAUUUCAGUCGCACUAAUAGCUAUUUUUAAAGCCUGACCUGUACUAUAAUCUUGUUGGUAAGAUUUUGGCUUAUUUUGUCUUCUACAUUUUGACAAAUUUCAUCUUGAUCUCUACAUUCAUUUAUGACUUAAUCAUUCAAUUCAUCGUUUAUAUACUUAUGACAAAUUGUACAAUUUAAACUUCAAUUUGUAAACUUAAAAGCAAUUGUAAAAAUUCAAAAUUAAACUU